UAGAAGAGUUGCUUCCUUACCUAUCCUAAAAAUUUUACAAUCAAACCAGUUAUAGUAAAUUAUAAUUUCUGUUAAAUAAUCAGCAAGCAUUUAGAAGUUUUUUUUUUCCUUGAUUGAGAAAGAAAGAAAGAGUGAAGGAUAAAAUAGAAUGAGAAUCCCAACGAAGGCAGUUAUGGCUUGGAUGAUCCAAUCUGUUUGUGUCUGACGAAGAAUGGGUUGGAGGCUGAAGUCAUUCUUACGUUAUUUCUCUAUUUCUUCCCAUUUUUAACGUCCCUCCCUCACUUUAAUCCUCUCUCUUUCUCUGCUUCUCUCUCUUUCUCUGCUUCUGUCUGUGUGCCUCACAGGGCUCAACAAACCCACAAGAACCCUAAUUUCUCACUUGAUUAGAGUCUCUCUUCAUUUAUCAUCACCUUCAUGUCUAUCUAUUUAUAACCCAAUUUUCGUUGAAUCCCGGAUCGCAUCUUGAUUCACUGUCAGGUUCAGUUAAAUCUGAUUUUUGUUUCAAUUUUUGGGCUUUUCUUUGUGUGUUCUGUACUUUGUGGGUGUGAAGGGUCUUGCCUUGUUCAAUGGCUGCAGUUGCUGAGAUGUCCAGUGAGGUAGCAGUAGUGGCUGUCAGUGAUAAUGACAACAGAGCAAAGGAGAGUGUUUUGGAUUCGAAACCGAAAUUCGAUUCGAAGAUGAUGGCGGAUUCGAAAGAAUUCAAUGUGCAGAAGCUUGUGGACAUGUUCACCAAGCUGAAUCCUUUGGCCAAGGAGUUCUUCCCUUCUUCUUAUAACAACAAAAUUAAUGAUUUAUUUGCCCCCAGUAAGGACUCUGGCAAUGACAAUUUUUCGAACAAUCGCAGGAGAAGAAGUAUUUAUACCCAGGGGAGGAGGAGGUUUAAUGGAAAGGCUUCCAGAGCUCAACGUGAAGACAGUGUUAGACGAACAGUAUAUGUUUCUGACAUCGAUCAGCAGGUCACUGAGGAGCGGCUUGCUGGCUUAUUUAGUGGUUGUGGGCAAGUUAUUGAUUGUAGGAUAUGUGGUGAUCCACACUCAGUUCUUCGUUUUGCAUUUGUGGAGUUCUCUGAUGAGCAAGGGGCAAGAGCAGCUUUGAACCUUGGUGGGUCAAUGCUGGGAUAUUAUCCAGUUAAGGUCUUACCCUCAAAAACUGCCAUCCUUCCAGUGAACCCUACGUUUCUUCCUAGAUCAGAAGACGAAAGAGAAAUGUGUUCAAGGACUGUUUAUUGUACAAAUAUUGAUAAGAAGAUUCCACAAGCGGAAGUCAAGAAUUUUUUUGAAGGAACAUGCGGUGAGGUUACUCGCUUGAGGCUUUUAGGAGAUGAAAUUCAUUCAACUUGUAUAGCAUUUGUCGAAUUUGCUAUGGCAGAAAGUGCGAUUAUUGCUCUGAGUUGUAGUGGGAUGCACUUGGGAACUCAACCUAUCAGGAUAAGCCCCUCGAAGACACCUGUGAGGCCACGUGUUACUCGCCCAAUAACAAAUAACUAAUCAUCGUUCUUGAGAUCCAUGGAUGGAAAUUGUCAACAUACGUUCCAUUCGAGAGAUGAACUUUGCUGUGUUGAAAGGAUGGUAAAACACUUGCGUGUUUAAUUCCCGUCUUUUCUGUCUCGAAAGAUUUACAUUUUCAGUGAUUGAACUUAUUGUCGCAGCUUCAAAACUGAAGUUGUUCGACUGCCCCCGAACUUGAAACUUGUCACCAUGUUCCUCCCUUUGUUUUGACAAUGUUUUUCACUCUGGCUAUACUGCUUUUAAUUGUGUUCUCUCAAUUUUCAUCA